AUGAUGGACAUGUGUACGCUGCUUGAUAUGCUGAAUAGCAAGUUUGCCUCCACGAUAGCAGACGAGCGGUUUGCGAUCGAUGGGAAGGUCACCGGCGAUAAAGCUGGUGAAAAAUGGCGCAUCGCCUCGAAGCUGCAAGACGUUGACGGAAGCUUCAACCGUGGUAUUUACUUAGUCCACAACGAGAACAACCCUGAUAAUUCCGCACAGAUCAUGAAGACUCUUCCCCUACCCAGAGAUUAUCUCGGCUUCGCUGAGCGAGAGCUCGAUAUUCUCGGGACUUUGCAGCACGACAAAGUCAUCAAGUUCUUCGACGGUACCGCACCAAAGAGCAUACACGAUACGGCAUGGAUGAUCACGGAGUACUGCAACAAAGGUACGUUGUUUGACUUCCUCGCAAAAUAUGCCUAUGAGGCGAAACUUCCAGUACCUGAGCUCUUCGUUUGGAACAUCUUGGAGAGCCUGGUACACGCGGCUGUUUAUCUGCACUAUGGUCCGAAUGUACUCGAAAAGUUUGAGCAACAGGAGCCUGAAGAUGGAUGCCUGGAGGUUAAAGAAGACGCCUCUUGGGAUGUCGUAUAUCAUCGCGACAUCAUUCUGUCGAACGUCUUCAUCACUUCUAGUACCGGCGACAAGACUGAGUAUCCGAUCGUCAAGUUAGGCGACUUUGGCUGCGCCAUGCGGCAAUCAGAAAUUAGUACUUUGGACCAAGACAAAUAUCCAAAGGCAGAGGAAACACCGCGUAUGGACCCUGCAUACGUGCCACCGGAGGGUCAAUAUGGCACCAAAGCCGUCGAUGUGUAUCAGAUCGGCCGACUAACGUGGUGUGUUGUGCAGAACGUCGUGUCUCCUACCUGUCUUGACGAGAAGGCAAUGCUGCCUGAGAAUUUCGAAAUUUCAGAAGAUGCGUCUUACUCACGGGAGCUACGCCGUAUCCUGUAUUCCUGCACGAGGGCCCGCGCUGACCUUCGAGUCGAUUCUCUGCCUCUAUUACGCCUCGUCCGGGAUACGAGACAACGAUUGAUCUCUGAGAACCGCUUACCGUUUGUCGAGCUCUACGUAUCGUUUGUUGAGCGCCUUUCUGAGUUCCUCGAAGUCGCCCAUUAA